AAACCCAACUCAACCUACGCCACCCAACGUUGUCACCUUCCUCUGCACAUUAUUAUAAAAACAAACAUCAUCAAUCUCUGUCCCUCAAACACAAACCCCUUCAUCAUCAUCAUCAUCACAAUUCAUAUCUUCUUCCACCGACAACGCUUAACCAUGUCUCAGACUGUGGUCCUCAAAGUUGGUAUGUCAUGUGAAGGAUGUGUUGGAGCAGUGAAGAGAGUUCUGGGUAAAUUGGAAGGUGUGGAAUCAUACGACAUUGAUUUGAAGGAACAGAAAGUGGUAGUGAAAGGAAAUGUCCAGCCAGACACAGUUCUGCAGACUGUUUCCAAAACCGGGAAGAAGACUGCCUUCUGGGGAAAUGAAGUAGCACCAGCCGCCACCAGCACCAGCUGAGACUAAAACAAAAUAAUUGUUGGCUGAGUCUGUGUGGGAACAUUAGCUCUGUGAAUCGAAAAAAAAAACUACUUGAUGGAUUUGCAAAAACUAUAGAACAUGUCAUCUGAUGUAUUUAGUGUGCUAUAAUAAAGUCUGAAGAAUAUUUGCUGUUUUCCCCAGCUAUUGUACUGUAUUGAUGUGCUUCAAUUAAUAUCUUUACUUCCGUUGUUGAUGUUA